UCACAGCGGUCGGUCACUUGCUGAGCAGCUGCUGUGCUAGCUACCUUCCACACUACUCAAGCUGCUGCGCGUUCCGCCGGCGAUGCCCAGCUCCCGCCGAACUACCGCCCGCGGCGGCGGGGCCGCGCCCCCGCCUGCACGCGGAGACGGCGAGGACGACGCGCGGGUGCCGCCCUUCACGGGGAACAACACCGACCACAACCCCCGGGAGCUGCGGUCCUGGGCCCGACGCACCGGCUUCCACCCCUCCGCCUUCUUCUCCGGCGAGUCCGCGGUCUCCAACUCCUCCACCGCCACCGCGCGUCCCCCGCCGCCUCCGCCUCCCCCGGCAUCCUCCCUCCGCCCGCCGCGCCCUCCCGCGGCUGCGGAGGACGACCCCGAUCCCGCCCCGCCGCUCGACCUCGACCGCCGCGACCAUCAAGUCCGACCUUGCCGCCGCAUCGACCUCCGCGGCGAGCUCGAGAUCCCGCCCGUCGAGGUGCCAGCGCAGCCAGAACCGGCGAGGAGGAGGGACGGCGUCGAGCGCCUGCUCGGCGAGAGGGCGGCGCUCAAUGUGGGCAGGAGCGCCAACGGCGUGCGCGCCAACGCGGAUGCGGAUACGAGUGCGAGGAAGAAGGCGGAGGAGGCGGAGGCGAAGCGAAAGGCUGAGGAGGCAGAGGCGAGGAAGAAAAAGGAGGAUGAGGAGAGGGACGCGGAGCUGGCCGCGUACUACCAGCAGCAGUGGGCCAACGAGGAGGACGGUGUUGCCGACGGUGUGCAAGGCGAGGAGACGGCGCCUCUUAAUCGGCCAUCAGGGCUCCGCUGCGGCGUCUCGGAGAACCCCGGGUGGGCACUCCUCGUAUUUUAUGGCAUACAACACUACUUGUCAAUAGCCGGUUCACUUGUUUUUAUUCCUUUGAUAUUGGUACCAACCAUGGGUGGAUCGGAUGUGGACACUGCAACAGUCAUUUCCACCAUGUUAUUAGUGUCUGGUCUUACAACAAUACUUCAUACUUUUCUUGGUUCUCGGCUUCCAUUGAUUCAAGGAAGUUCUUUUGUAUAUUUGGCUCCUGCAUUGGUGAUCGCGAACUCUGAGGAGUUCAGAAAUCUUAGUGAAGAUAAAUUCAAGCACAUAAUGAGGGAAUUACAGGGGGCUAUACUUGUUGGUUCAGUUUUCCAAAUAAUUUUGGGGUACAGUGGUCUUAUGUCACUGCUUCUGAGAUUGAUAAACCCAGUCGUCGUGGCACCAACUAUUGCUGCAGUGGGUUUGGCGUUUUUCAGUUAUGGUUUCCCUCAUGCUGGUAGUUGUGUAGAAAUAAGCAUGCCCCUCAUUGUAUUGCUUCUUCUGUGCACCCUGUACAUGAGAAAAAUAUCCCUGUUUGGAAACCAUAUCUUCCUCAUCUAUGCAGUACCACUCAGUGUUGGCAUUAUAUGGGUGUAUGCAUUCUUCCUAACUGCUGGUGGUGCAUACAACUUCAAGGGCUGCAGUUCAAGUAUACCCAGUUCAAAUAUAUUAUUGGAUUCAUGCAGAAGACAUGCAGAGAUUAUGAGGCGUUGUCGAACUGAUGUUUCUAAUGCUUGGAGAAGUGCUGCCUGGGUGAGGGCUCCGUAUCCAUUGCAGUGGGGCCCUCCUACAUUUCAUUUCAAAACAGCUAUCAUUAUGGUGAUAGUUUCAGUGGUUGCAUCAGUUGAUUCACUUUCAUCAUAUCAUGCUGCUUCGUUGCUAGUCAAUUUAAGCCCUCCAACACGUGGAGUUGUUAGCAGAGGGAUUGGCCUUGAGGGGAUUUGUACUUUUAUCGCCGGACUAUGGGGUACAGGAACUGGGUCGACAACAUUAACAGAGAACAUCCAUACCCUUGACACAACCAAAAUGGCCAGCAGAAGAGCUUUGCAGCUUGGGGGAGCCUUGCUGGUCAUUUUCUCUGUCUUUGGAAAAAUCGGAGCUCUCCUUGCUUCUAUCCCUGUUGCUUUGGCCGCCUCUGUUCUUUGCUUCACCUGGGCUCUUAUUGUCGCACUUGGCUUAUCCACAUUGCGAUAUACCGAAGCUGUAAGCUCAAGGAACAUGAUAAUCGUUGGUUUUACCCUGUUCAUCUCCCUGUCCAUCCCCGCAUACUUUCAGCAAUAUGAACCCAGCUCCAAUCUCAUUCUACCGGGCUAUCUUGUUCCGUACGCUGCAGCUUCGAGUGGACCAGUUCGCACUGCCAGUGAUGGGCUAAAUUAUGCAGUGAACGCUCUUCUAUCCAUCAAUGUUGUGGUGGCUCUGGUUGUUGCAAUAAUCCUUGACAACACGGUGCCGGGAAGCAAGCAAGAACGAGGGGUAUACAUCUGGUCAGAUCCUAAGUCCCUGGAGUUGGAUCCUGCAUCUCUGGAACCCUAUCGGUUACCAAAGAAGAUAUCAUGCUGGUUCAGAUGGGCCAAGUGCGUUGGCUUUUAACAUAGCAUGGCUCAACUCCCCUGCACUGGUAGUGCCUGCUGGGAGGUAGGGAUGCAAAGAUUCUAUAUUCUACUCCCUCCGUUAAUAGAUGACUCAACUUUGUACAAAGUUGAGUAUUGUGCAACAGUUUGUAUGCUAUUCAGGUAGGGCCUUCUAGCUACUGGUCGUUCUGGGCAUCUGCCUGGAGCUCACUGCAUGUAAAUUUAAAGGGUAAUGAUAAUUGGCAACCGUUACUCAGGAGGAAA